AUGAUGGUCUCUUCGACGCUGCUGCGGCUGCUCCUUCCUGUCUCUCUCCUCCUCACCUCUCUCCUCCUCUUCACCUCGCCGACCCAAGCGGUGCGCUAUCACGACUUCAAGAAAUGCGCAGACUCGUCCUUCUGCCGUCGUCUACGUCGUCUCUCCAGCUACACCUCGAGUGUCAAGAACUUUUCCUCUCCCUACUCUCUCCCUUCUUCCUCCUCUCCUCCGACUUUCGACGUUCAGAAGGCUACAUUGAGCUCCCCGAUUAAGAGCGCCCUCUACCCGGAUGUGCAGUUUGAGAUCAGCUUCACCUUCCAUCGCGAUGGAACUGCAAGGGUGAGAAUGGACCAGGUGGGAGAGAAGUUCGGAGGGUGGAAGAGGUAUGACGAAGCGGGAAAGUGGGCGUAUGAGAGGGAGCCAGUAAUUGCAGGUAAAGGGGAGGUGGACGUGCAGCACAAGGAUCGAGAGACGGUUGCUACUUUCGGUCCUCAAGGGUCUCACUCUGUCAAGAUUGAGUACGAACCAUUCAAGGCCACCUUCUACCGCGCUGGCGAGCCCCAGGUCAUUCUCAAUGAGCGAGGUCUGCUGCACAUGGAGCACUUCCGACCCAAGCCUGUCAAGUCAGAAGGCGAUCAAGAUGACAAAGACAGUGACAAGUCUGCUUCAGAUGAGAAGCCCGCUCUGGUCUUCCAGAAGCGAGGAGCUUCUGCCUCGCAAGCGCAGCAGUGGGCUGGUUUUGAGGAGCACGACAGCGGCGAGUGGGAAGAAAUGUGGGACAAGAAGCCCGACUCGAAGCCAAAGGGACCCGAAGCACUGUCCUUGGACAUUUCCUUCCCUGGCAAACAAUUCCUCUUUGGUAUUCCAGAACAUGCCUCGCCGCUCAAUCUUCGCAGCACAAAGGGGCAUAAGGAAGGCGACUUCACCGAUCCUUACCGUCUGAUGAACACGGACGUGUUCGAGUACGAUGCAGACAGCGCAAUGUCUCUGUAUGGAAGCGUGCCGAUCAUGCAUGCACAGUCAUCAAGCAGUGCCGUGUCAGCCUUCUUCCUCAGUGCAGCCGAGACUUGGAUCGACAUUGAGCGCACCAGGACUGGUAGCCAGACUCACUGGAUCGCGGAGUCGGGCAUUCUCGAUUUGCUAAUUAUGCUAGACGAUACGCCUGCGAAGAAUAUCCAGAAGUUCACUGAGCUGGUCGGAAGGUCGACUGCUCCUCAGACCUUUGCGCUUGGGUAUCACCAAUGUCGAUGGAACUACAUGAGCGAUUCGGAUGUGCUCAAUGUCCAGUCUCGCUUCGACGAGGAGGACAUCCCGAUGGACGUCAUGUGGCUCGACAUCGAGUACUCAAAGGACCACAUGUACGGAGUCUGGGAUGAGUUGAACUUUGCCAAUCCGGAGAAGAUGGUGCAGGGAUUGGAUGACCGGGGCAGGAAGCUGGUCAUCAUCAUCGAUCCUCACUUGAAGCGCACAGACUCCUACUGGCUCUAUUCUGAGGCAAAGUCAAAUGAGGUGCUUGUCAAGUCUCCCGGUGGGAACGGAGAAUAUGAAGGUUGGUGUUGGAGCGGUAGUGCUAGCUGGCUUGACAUGUUCAAUCCUCUGGCCACGACCUGGUGGAAAAAGCAGUACACGCUAGACUCAAAGGGCAAGAGCCCCAUUAGAGCCAAUGCGCGGAACGUUCAUAUCUGGAACGAUAUGAAUGAGCCUGCCAUCUUCAACGGACCCGAGGUCACGUCUCCCAAGGACGUCAAGCACCACGGAGGCUGGGAGCACCGCGAUAUCCACAACAUCAAUGGUGUACUCUUCCACGCUGCUACGCACGAAGCGCUCAGAGCCCGAGAAGGCAGCGGUCUGAAGCUGGAGCGAAGGCCGUUUGUGCUGAGUCGAGCUUGGUGGGUGGGUACCCAGCGCUUUGGAGCCAUCUGGACCGGCGACAAUCUCGGCACCUGGGAACACCUCGCCGUCAGUGUCCCCAUGAUCCUCGCCAACAACAUUGCCGGCAUGAGCUUCUGCGGAGCCGACAUCGGCGGUUUCUUUGGCGAUCCUUCGCCCGAGAUGCUCACACGAUGGUACCAAGCGGGUAUCUUUGAGCCUUUCUUCCGAGCUCACGCACACAUCGACACGAAGCGUCGCGAACCUUUCCUACUCGAAGAGCCCUUCAAGAGCUGGGUGCGAGAGCUGAUUAGAUGGAGGUACAAGAUGCUUCCAAUUUGGACCACUGCCUUCCGUGAGGCGUCCGACGAAGGUAGUGGCUUGCCGGUACUGCGACCUCAAUUCCUCAUGUUCCCCAAUGAUCAAGCGGGAUUGGACAUUGAUGACCAGUACUACAUUGGUGACUCUGGACUGCUGGUCAAGCCGGCUGUCAAGGAAGGUGUGGACCACGUGAGCAUCUACCUCUCGGAUGCCAAUCGACCUUACUACAACUUCUUCACUGGCGAAGUGUACAGGGGAGCGCACUCUCCCAGCAAGGACAAUCGAGUGCCUGUAGAGGCACCUCUCGGCGACCAAGCGCCACUUCUUCAGCGAGGUGGAUCGAUUCUCCCUCUGAGGGAGCGGGUGAGGCGAGCCGCCGAGUUAGGCUGGCGCGAUCCAGUCACCCUGAUCAUCGCCCUAGACGACGAAGCCGACUCUCCCGAGGGUGUCAGGGCCAGCGGCACUCUCUACCUCGACGAUGGACAGACGUACCACUACAAGGAGGGAGCCUUUGUCUGGCGAAGAUUUACGUUCGAGACGAAGCGUGGUGGAAAACGCCAUGUAAUCAAGUCACGAGAUGAGACUAUGCUGCGCGCCAGUGAAGGCACUGCUGCUGCCUCUUCGUCUUCCCCUUCAUCUUCAACGGCCGUAGGCUUCAGCCCACCGUACGACCCCAGCAACGAAUUCGCCGAAGCGAUUCGCGAGGUCCGCAUCGAGAAGAUUAUCGUCCUAGGUCUAGAGGAGCGCAAGGCCGGGUACGAAGUUCGCGUCAAGGGGGAUCUGCUCCUGAGUAGCAGCACAGGAAGUAGUGUGAGCAGUAGUAGCAGUAGUGGAGAGGAUGUUUUGAGUACUACCUGGACUGCUGGAGAGGCGGCGGGAGCUGGAGCUGGACGGAAGAAGUCAAAAGGUGGAGCCACGCCGAGCAAGGCUAGUAGGCUGGUGAUCAAGGAUCCUAGGGCGCUGGUGAGGGGUGACUGGGAGGUGGAGAUCAUUGGGAGGGACGAGUAG